CAGUUGGACGACAUUAUUAGAUAAGCCUUGAUAAUAGAUAUUUAGUUGAUUAGUGUAAAUUGACGAUGUCAGUGUUUGUGUGAUACGAAAUCUAUUGCACGUGUUUUAUUAUUAUUGUGUUUAUCAACUGAAAAUAUGUUACUGCUACUGUUUCUCGCGAGCCCAGUGUUGGGGACGCUUGUGUCCGAGCCCCCGCCUCCUGCACAGCGCGCCUCCGCAUCCCCCGUACUCGCCUGGCUGCCUGUCAGACUCAACCACUUCGAUGCCUCCAACAAUGAUACCUUUCAAAUGCGGUACUACUACAAUGAUGAGUUUGCGAGAACAAACAACAUCGUGGUAGUGAUGGGCGGACCUUGGGCCAUCUCCCCGGACUGGGUGAGCGGCGGUCUGCCGCACCAACUUGCCGAGGAGAUCGGAGCCGGACUUUUCUAUACCGAACAUAGAUACUACGGACAGACCAGGCCUACGAGCGGUACGUCAGUACCGGAGCUGCGGUACCUGACUGUAGACCAGGCUCUCGCGGAUCUGGCGCAAUUCAUCCAGCACGUGCAGAGCGAUCAGUUCCAAGAUGGAAGGUUUAGAGCCGGGCAGGUGGCGCUGGCUGGCUGCGGGCAUGCCGGCAGCCUGGCCACGUGGAUGCAGCUCGCCUACCCCCAUCUCGUCUCCGCCGCCUUUAGCGACUCCGGCCCGCUGCUGGCACACGACGAAUUCUCAGAAUACCUGGAGGUGGUAUGGGAGGUGGUGCGGGCGCAGGGUGGCCCCGAAUGCGUGUCGACGCUGGACGUCGCCAUGGAGCGACUGGUCAUCGAGACGCUCACGCAGGAGGGCGCCGAAAGGAUCUCAAACAUGUUUAACACGUGUUCCCCUAUCGAGGCGUCCAACCCUCUGGACAUAAGCACCUACUUCUGGCGAGGUGUGUUGGAACCCCUGGCGCGCCUCGUCCAGUCCGCGACGUCUGGGGACAUUGCCAGGGCGUGCGAGGUGCUCACAGAUCCCAACGUCCCCGAGCCCACGGAGCGGCUGGCCAAAUGGGUGACGUCCCAACCGUGGACUCAGCCGUGCAUACAGGCCAACUAUACAGCGCACCUGGCGGCACACACCAAUACUAGCUACGACGCGCCUCACUCUGUCGAUCGUCUAUGGAUGUACCAGUCUUGCGUGCAGUUCGGCUGGCACCGGACCACGGCCAGCUUCAACUCCUUCCACAGCGCUGUGGCUCUCCCGUACUUCCGAGCUCUAUGCCGACAAUACUUCACGGACGAUUUCGACGACACUCUUCAGCGGGCAGGCAUAGAGCGCACCAACCUGAUGUUUGGAGGUCUGACGCACAUGCCCGAGGCCGUUGUGUCGGUGGUCGAGGGUCACGACCCCUGGUCGCCCGCGGGGCCGAACGCAACGCACGCGACACGCAUGUCCCCAGUGUACCUGGUACCUGGAGGGUCACAGUGUCGAGUUAUCAGGUCGACAGGUGAGAGCGAGACGCCGCAAGUAGAAAUUGUGAAGCAGGCAGUGCUGCUCAACAUCCAAGAACUCCUCUCGGGCAAGCCGCCUACACACGUGGCCAGCGCAGCCGCCGUCUGCUCUCCUGUAGCAAUCAUUCUAAUUAUAGCUUCUUUAGCUCUUGUACUAUGA